CGACUUCCGACGUACUCUGACAGAAUGGCGGCUGCAGCCCCAAACCCGGAGGAUUCCGCCCGGAGCGGCAGCGGCACCUCUACGCCCAGCGCCCUCGCCGGAGACGGGGACACGGAGGAGGCCGAGGACUUCACCUCCUCCUCCCACUGCUCGGAGCUGUCUCGCCGGCAGAACGAGCAGCGGAAACAGGGCUUAUUCUGCGACGUGACGCUGGCCUUCAGCAGCGGGGCGGCCGCUGGGAGCGUCCAGACCUGCGAGUUUUCCGCGCACCGCUCCGUGCUGGCGGCGGCCACCGACUAUUUUACCCCUUUGCUGGGGGGAACGUUUUCCGAGUCCCUGUCCGGACGGGUGGACAUGAAGGAAUGGAGCUCAGAACUGGGCCCGGAUCCAGAGACGGUGGAAAGCGUCAUCCAGUAUAUGUACACCGGUGAAAUACACGUGAGCACCUGCAAUGUACAUGAAGUACUGGAGCUCGCUGACAGGUUCCUCUUACUCCAGCUGAAGGACUUCUGUGGUGAGUUCCUAAAGAAGAAGCUGAGUUUGACCAACUGUGUGGCGGUCCACAGUCUAGCUCAUAUGUACACAUUGGACCAGCUGGCUCUGCGGGCUGCAGACAUGAUCCGUCGCAACUUCCACAAAGUCAUCCAAGAUGACGAAUUUUACACGCUGCCCUUUCACCUGGUUCGAGAUUGGCUGUCCGACGCUGAGAUCACCGUGGAUUCGGAGGAGGUGUUGUUUGAGGCUGUCGUGAAAUGGGUACAGAAGAACGCAGAGGAGCGAGGCCGCUUUUUUGAGGAGCUGUUUCGUCUCCUUAGGUUGCCACAGAUCAAGCCCACCUAUCUGACCAGGGUGGUGAAGAACGAGCGUCUAGUGGCUGCCAAUGAGGCCUGUCUCCGCCUGGUGUCGGAGGCCGUGGAGGGCCACGCCAUCCGAUUUGAGAACCUGAAGUCAGCUGACAUGGAGCUCUGGUCGUCUCACAUGGCAUCCUUUCAGCCACGCUUUGGCCAAAACAUGGAUGUUAUCAUGGUGGUGGGUGGGGUGUCAGAGGGUGGAGACUACCUGAGUGAGUGUGUGGGAUACUUCAUUUAUGAGGACCGCUGGGUUAACUUGCCGCAUAUUCACAACCACCUGGAUGGCCAUGCCAUCGCUGCCACAGAGUCUCAUGUCUAUGUAGCCGGAUCUAUGGAACCGGGAUUUGCCAAGACGGUGGAACGAUACAACCCCAAUCGCAACACCUGGGAGCAGGUGAGCAACCUGACCACACGCAAGCACUCGUUUGGCCUAACCUGUAUCAAAGAUAUCCUCUACAGCAUUGGCGGCCACGGCAACUUCAGCCCAGGGUUCAAAGACGUGAGUGUGUAUGAGCCUGAGCAGGACAAGUGGCACAACCUAGAAUCAGCCCCCAAGAUCCUGCGGGAUGUGAAGGCUGUGAGCGUGGAGGACCGCUAUGUGUAUGUCACGGCACGCACACCAGUUGACACGGAUAACGAGGAUGGGCUGAAGACUGUGACCACGCGUUAUGACACGGAGAGCCGCCAAUGGCAAGACGUUGACUCCCUACCUCUCAUCGAUAACUAUUGCAUAUUCCAGAUGGCUGUGGCCUCCACCAACUUCUAUCACACAGCCUCCUGUUGCCCCAAGAGCUACACUGUGCGAGACGAGGUGGCCCGGCAGAAGAUCAGCCUGCGCAUCUCCGAUGAGAUUCUCGAGAGUUUGCCCCCGGAAGUCACCAGCAUCGAGGGCGCUGCCAUCUGCCACUUUGAUGAGGAUGUCUUCAUCAUUGGAGGCUGGAAGAACAGCGAUGACGUGGACAAGCAGUACCGCAAGGAGGCUUACCGCUACUGUGCUGAGAGGAAGCGCUGGAUGCUGCUGCCGCCCAUGCCCCAGCCUCGCUGCCGAGCCACUGCCUGCCAUGUACGAAUCCCAUACCGUUUCCUGUAUGGCUGCCAACGCUACCCCAUGCCACAGAACCUGGCCCGCCAGCGAGACCGCAUGCAGCAGAUGCAGCAGCUACACAGGCGCACACUCACCCUGCGCAGGCAGCUGCAGUCCCAGAUAGAAUGCUGAGCGUUUCCAUUGUGCACCGCAUAUGAGGACAAGCAGCACCAUUCCAAGGAUACGCUGUGAAGUACCAUUACAUGGCAGCCAUCACAUUUUCUCCACAUUCCCCAUAACACUCUUAACAUCCUGCAGUGGGCCCCACGUCCCUCUAAUAUUGGAUGUCAUUAAGCUGAACUCUCCAUGCCAUCAGUUCUCAAACUGUGUUGUGUUAGUGACUGACAUGGUGAAGGCCAUGAGGUGUUUUUGGACUGUUAGCAGAAGGACAUGGCAAAUGUAAACUUGUGAAUAAGUGUGUCACACAGCGACCUACAGCCAAAUACCCUAGCCAAGUAUGUUGGCAUAGAUUAUGUUUAUCUGUUUGUACAUACAUAGUAUAUAGCUGUAUAUGUGUACAUUAAUAUGGAUAUUUUACAUCCCAUCAUGCCUGUACAAGGAAGACUGUGACUAGCAGUAACUACAUUCCUACAUUCAAUCCAGCUAGUUAAAUGAAGUCACAUUCCAAAGUGACACUGUGACAAUCUCUUUAUUCUCUAUUUAAAUGGCUCUGCUUAUUACCUUAUAGCCAGAAAUAAACAUGAAAGGAAAGAAAACAGCAUUUAAACUUAAAGUCUUAUCGAUGAUAAUGUUUUUUUUAUUGCAGCUUCCCUACAUCAGUUGUAUGGAGUGUUUAAAUCAUUGUGUUCUAAUCUUUGUUUGCUCAUGUAAUGUCUAAUAACCAAUUAUCUUAUUCCACGCUCCAUAUUGAGUGAAGUCAUUACAUUAUCCCCAUGCAAUGACCUCUUUUUAACAACUUGAAAUGAAUAUGUAGCUUUUCCAUAUUACUUGAUUAGACCUAAACUGUAAAUCUCAAAAUCAUGUUGUGCUCCAGGUAUUGGUGAUGCAUAGAUCAUUCCUUUCUUUUGCACUUUGGCAGCUUACUGCCCAUUGCAUUCCUGUGAGUUCGAGGAAGAUACUUGGAUGUAUGAGAGAGUGUAUGUGGAAAGUUUUUGUAAUAAAUUUUUAAGAUGCUUUACAAACAUAAGUGGUGCACUUUUCAACAUUGAAUCCCAAAUAAAGUCUUAUAGAAGUCCAGGAUUAAGUCAGUUACUUUUUCAGUGUGACUCUGCUGACUUCACUUCUUCCUCUUUAGAGGUGAUUGUAAUUUGGAAAAUUCGUUAUUUAAUCCAUUGUGCAGCCAGUCUGUAUUGAUCUCAUUUAACAGACAUAUUGCAAUUAUUGGCCUUUCGCCUUUUAACAUUUAAAUGUACUGUAAAAUCUAAUGUAAUAUUGUACUCCACUCCCAACUAGGGUAUUGGACAUCCUGCCAUGUUUUGUGGUCUCUUUUCAUCCUCCAAAGAUAAUCAUAACUCAGAUGAAAAGAAGUGAGACCACUAUUUGGACGUAGAUCUUUGAGACAGGACAGACGGGGAAUGUCAUUGUGAAUGUGUUACAUAAAUGUUCAAGAAUUGCUACUGCAAGGUUUAUCCAAGCAGUGGCUUCACGGCAUAAUGGUAAAGGGAGGCCGAAAAUGAAAAGCAUUCCCACAUUUCAGCCAAUAUAAAUAGCACAGAAAUAUAUUGAAUGGAAUAAGGUAUAUAUUUUGCUUUGCAUGUGAUAGUCUGACAUUGUGUCCUUUUAUUGGAUGUAAGAAAUGCUAUAUCAUCACUUGCAAAUAAAGUCCCUUUUAU